AUUUUUUGUUUUCUGAUGUUUUGUUUACCGCUAACCGGAUUCAAAACGUUUUUCGGUUUCUCUCGUUUUUCCGCUUAAUUAUAUUUAAAAUAUCGUGUGUAUAGUAAUUUACAACUACGAAAAUGGCUCGUAACGCCGAAAAAGCUAUGACCACAUUGGCCCGAUGGCGAGCAGCAAAGGAAGCAGAAACGGGAAAAAACGAGCGUCGCCCUUAUCUGGCAUCUGAGUGUCGCGAUCUGCCCAAAUGCGAAAAAUGGCGAUUGGAAAUCAUCCGGGAGAUUUCGAAGAAAGUGGCCCAGAUUCAGAAUGCCGGUUUAGGAGAGUUUAGGAUACGGGAUUUAAAUGACGAAAUUAACAAAUUGCUUCGGGAAAAGCGACAUUGGGAGAAUCAGAUUUCGGAUCUAGGUGGCCCACACUACCGACGAUAUGGACCGAAAAUGUUCGAUGCUGAAGGUCGUGAGGUACCGGGCAAUCGAGGUUACAAGUAUUUUGGGGCUGCCAAAGAUCUGCCGGGCGUUAGAGAACUUUUCGAACAGGAGCCUCCGCCACCUCCGAAAAAAACCCGAGCCGAACUGAUGAAGGAUAUCGAUGCGGAUUACUACGGCUAUCGGGACGAUGAUGAUGGGAUUUUGUUGCCGUUGGAGGAGAAAGCCGAGAGACUUGCAAUCCAAAAAGCCAUUGAGGAUUGGAAAAAACAUCGUGCAAGUGGCACACCGAAUGAGGAGGAACCGGACGAAGAAGAUAUUUACGGGUCAGACGCCAGGAUUGCAUCCGAUACUGACCGGCAGCAGAAGGAUGACCCCAUGGGAUUGCUUGGUCCCAGAUUUACCGCACACGUUCCUGUGCCCAGUCAGAAAGAUAUCGAAUCUGCGCUGCUUAAGAAACGGAAACUCGAGCUGAUGAAAAAGUACGGGAUAGAAGACGACGAAGAUAUGUAAGUAAAUUCCAAUGUUGCGUUUUGUACAAUAAAAGUAUUCUCCUGAGGACAA